AUGCUUGAUACAGUGAACAGCGGGCGUCCUGAGCGCCGUUCUGCGCUAAUUGCCCACAAAUUGUCAUGGCUUAACAUCGAUAUUGCUGCUCUCAGUGAAGUUCGCCUUCAUGAGGAAGGUACCCUUAAAGAACAUGGUGCCAGCUAUACACUCUACUGGUCAUGCAAAUCCAAAACUGAAAGUUGUCUUUCUGGAGUUGGCUUCAUGAUUAAAAACUCCAUCAUCUCUAAACUUGAAAAUCUGUCGAUAGGUCAUUCCGAUCGUAUUAUCUCCCUACGUCUUCCACUACACAAUAAGCAACAUGUUGUUCUUUUCAUCAUAUAUGCUCCAACUCAGCAAGCUGACCCUGCAGAAAAAUUCUACUCCGACCUGCAUCACCUCACUCAAAAUGUUCCUAUAGAAGAUAAGAUCAUAAUCCUUGGUGACUUCAACACCCGAGUAGGCAAGAACUUUGAAGCCUGGAAAGGAGUACUAGGCAAGCACGGUGUUGGCAGCUGCAAUGCGCUUUGGCGACAUAUUAAAAAUAGCAUUCUGCGGUCCUCCGUAGAAUCCAUUGGGUUCUCCUUAAAGAAAAACAAAGACUGGUUUGAUGAUAGCAACCAGGAGGUCCAGGAAUUGCUGACAAAGAAGAGAUCUGCUCAUCAAGCACACCUCGCUCAGUCACUUUGCCAUGUAAGAAAAGCAGCCUUUCGUCUUGCAUGUAGCAAACUCCAACAGAAGCUUCGAGACAUCCAGAACAAGUGGUGGCUCAACCUAGCAGAAAAGACUCAAUUAUGUGCAGAUCUGGGUGACCACAGAGUAUUCUAUGGGGCUCUGAAGGCAGUGUAUGGACCCACAUUUCAGGUUCAAAGCCCCUUACUUAGUGCAGAUGGCCAAAUGCUUCUUACAGAUAAAAUCUCCAUCCUGAAUUGUUGGUCUGAACAUUUUCGAACACUCUUUAGUGCUAACCGUGUAGUCCAAGGUGAAGGAAUCCAGCAUAUUCUACAACAUCUGGUGAAAAAUGAAUUGGAUUUAGCCCCUACCAUGGGAGAGACUCUUAAGGCUAUACAGCAGGUGAAAACUGUCAAGGCAGCUGGGGUUAACAGAGUCCCACCUGAAAUCUGGAAGCACGGAGGCAAAGCACUUCGUGCUCAAUUUCAUGAGCUAGUUGUGCGCUGUUGGGAACAAGAUAAAUUGCCAUCAGAUUUUUGUGAUGCAAUCAUCAUCACUUUGUAUAAGAAAAAAAGGUGUAAAGUCAGACUGCUCAAGCUAUCAAGGUACAACUCUGCUCUCUAUUGCUGGAAAAAUUCGUGCAAGAAUACUAUUGGAUUAGUACCUGCUAUCGCAGAAGAACUUCUACCUGAAAGUCAUCUACCGUCAUCAUCUGCGACUCCUCGAACUCUUUCAUCAGUGCUGCCUCCGUACAAUUCUAAACAUCCACUGGACUAUGUACCAAAUGUCACUCUCCUCAAACAGGCAGGGGUCACAGAUUUGAAAUCCAGCAAUCAGCGAGAUGAAAUUGCUGCAGCACGUGCAACCCUGAAGGAAAAUUCCUCUCUUCUACAUUCGAUAUGUUCAGCUUGUUUGGAACAUUCAGAUGUUGCAUCCCUAUCAGCCAGCAAACAUUCAAUUUGCAAUGAAAUACAGAAUGCUCUCAGUGUAAUUUCUAAUGCUUCCCAAGGAGUUGGAAAUAAAGUGGGACAACCUACAUCUCGUGCAGCUACUCUUGGAAGUGCACUUGAUGAGCUUGAGAAUUUAAUUAUCCUGGAUCCUCUUGUAGUAAAUGAAGAGAAAAUAAGGCCAUCACUAGAGAAACGCCUGGAAGCUAUUAUCAGUGGAGCGGCUUUGCUAGCUGAUUCUUCCUGCACACGUGAUUUUCAUCGAGAACGCAUCAUUGCUGAAUGCAAUGCUAUCCGCCAAGCUCUCCAAGACCUGCUUUCUGAAUACAUAAACAAUACAGACAAGAAAGAGAGAAGGAAUGCCUUGAAUGUUGCAAUAGACAGUAUGUGCAAGAAGACAAGAGACCUCCGCAGACAGCUCCGUAAAGCCAUUAUAGAUCAUAUCUCAGACUCCUUCUUGGAUACCACUGUUCCACUUCUAGUUCUCAUUGAAGCUGCUAAAAAUGGGAGAGAGAAUGAAAUAAAGGAAUAUGCUUCUAUAUUUCGAGAACAUACCAGCAGGCUUGUGGAGGUUGCUAAUCUUGCUUGUUCGUUAUCAACAAAUGAAGAUGGAAUGAAAAUUGUCCAAAUGGCAGCUAAUCACAUCGAGACUUUAUGUCCACAGGUUAUUAAUGCUGCUUUAGCUCUUGCUGCCAGACCAAAAAGUCAAGUUGUGAAAAACAACAUGGAGAUGUGUAGGAGUACAUGGGAGAAUCACAUCCAUGUCCUUACUGAAGCUGUGGAUGAUAUAAUAAGUAUUGAUGAUUUUCUUGCUGUAUCAGAAAGCCAUAUUCUUGAGGACGUAAACAAGUGUAUCAUUGCACUGAGAGAGCAAAAUGCAGACAAUUUAGAUCGUGCAGCAGGUGCAAUCCGAGGUCGUGCUUCAAGAGUAGCUCAUAUUGUUUCGGGUGAGAUGGACAAUUACGAACCAGGGAUUUACACUGAAGAAGUGAUGUCAAAUGUUCAGUAUUUGACCAAGAGUGUGAUUCCAGAGUUUAUAAAUCAAGUAAAUAUUGCAUUGGAGAGCUUAAGCAAGAACACAGUGCAUCUUUUUGAUGAUAACCAGUUUGUGGACAUUUCUAAGAAGGUGUAUGAUACAAUUCAUAACAUCAGAUGCUCAGUCAUGAUGAUUCGGACACCUGAGGAGCUAGAAGAUGUAUCUGACCUUGAAGAGGACCAUGAUGCACGUAGUCGUACAAGUAUCCAGACUGAAGGGAAAACUGACAGGGCAAAGAUGACUCAACUGCCAGAGGCUGAAAAGGAAAAGAUAGCUGAGCAAGUGGCUGACUUCAAAAAAGUCAAGAGUAAGCUUGAUGCAGAGAUUGAAAUAUGGGAUGAUACCAGUAAUGACAUCAUUGUUUUGGCCAAGAGGAUGUGUGUGAUUAUGAUGGAAAUGACUGACUUCACAAGGGGAAGAGGACCACUGAAGAACACAUCUGAUGUAAUUAAUGCAGCAAAAAUGAUUUCAGAGUCGGGAUCAAGGAUGGAUGUCCUAGCACGGCUGAUUGCCAAUCAGUGUCCAGACCAAUCAUGCAAACAGGAUUUGUUGGCUUACCUGGAACAAAUCAAGCUGUAUUCUCAUCAGCUCAAAAUCUGCAGCCAAGUUAAAGCAGAAAUACAGAAUCUAGGUGGAGAGCUCAUCAUGUCUGCUUUGGAUAGCGUCACUUCACUAAUUCAAGCAGCCAAAAAUUUAAUGAAUGCUGUGGUACAGACAGUGAAGAUGUCUUAUAUUGCAUCCACAAAGAUUAUCAAGAUUCAGAGUCCUACUGGCCCACGACAUCCUGUUGUCAUGUGGAGAAUGAAAGCUCCAGAGAAGAAGCCCCUAAUUAAAAGAGAGAAGCCAGAAGAAAUCUAUGCAGCUGUCAGGAAAGGUUCUGCAAAGAAGAGAAUCCAUCCUGUUCAAGUCAUGAGUGAAUUUAGAGGCAGAGAGGUAGUCUAAUAUUCUGCCAUGUUUUGGUUUCUAUCUUGAAUUUAUGAUCUUUGAAUUUUCAUCUUUUCCCCCACUUAUUUAAUAACUAUACUAUGUUAAUGUUUUGCUUUUCUCUAAAUCUGUAAGAUAACACAAAUUAUUUGAAAAUGCUUUUGCAUUAAUUAGAAACACAUAGUUGAAAAUACUCAUCUUGCAGUGACAAACUUAUCAUGGCUUUAUACUGGCACAUAUACUGGUUUUCAGCAGAGCACUUUAAGAGAUACGUUAUGGGACGGUGCAGUAGCUGGAAAGGAGGAUGCAAUCUGCCAGUCUGCCUAAAGUUGUACCACAUUCACUAGGCUUCAGCAUUCCUUUACCAGGGAUGAAUGUAGCCACUAUUAAACUCCAUGUGUUUCAUGAUAUACAGCUUUUCAAACACACUGUUGGGCCAGAUCCUUUAUCAGCAUCAUUAUACCAUGAUCAAAUCAGCUGGACUGCUUGAUGCUAGCUGAGUCUAGGCCCUCAACUUGUAUCUAGUUUAAAAGAUCUGAAGAUCUCCCCUCAUGUGAGGCCCAGUCUUGGAAAUCUUCAGUUUGAAAAUUUUUUAUGAAAUAGAAAAAAUGUUCUAACAACAUGGAUAUAACAAUGUAAUAACAAGAAAAAAAAAACCCUGACUGCAACACAGCAGUAAUAAU